GGUAUAGCAGGACAAGACCUUAGCGAAAGCAUAUGCAAAAUGAACGAUUUAUUAAAAGGGAUUUGGUCUGAAACAUCGGAUGUAUUAACAUUUUACGUCAAUGGCUCAAAGAUCGUAGAAAAAGCAGCAGACCCAGAAACUACUUUGCUCAGCUACUUGAGAAGAAAAGUUGGACUAACAGGAACAAAGCUUGGGUGUGGCGAAGGCGGAUGCGGCGCUUGUACAGUUAUGGUUUCGAAAUGGAACAAAGACAAAGAACGCAUCGAGCAUUUAGCUGUUAAUGCUUGUCUAGCACGUCUCGUUUCUGUCCAUAAAUGCUCUAUAACUACUGUAGAGGGCAUUGGAAGCGUUCGUACUGGCUUACAUGCUGUUCAGGAGCGAAUAUCAAAGUUCCACGGCUCACAAUGUGGUUUCUGUACACCUGGUAUUGUGAUGUCAAUGUAUGCAUUGUUACGCAAUCAGCCAGUUCCAUCACUUGAAAAUAUCGAAAGUGCUUUGCAAGGAAACCUAUGCAGAUGUACAGGCUAUAGACCGAUUCUGAGUGCUUUUCAGACAUUCACAAAGGAAAAUAGUGGGUGUCCUAUGGGUGCAAAAUGUUGCAAAAAUAAAGACAACCAAAACAGCAAAAGCGGUCCAGAUGAGAUAAGCAAUCGCUUUGUUGAGCCUCACUCUGCCAACCAAGUAUGUUUCAAACAGUAUGAUGGAACGCAAGAACCAAUCUUUCCACCUGAGUUAUUGAUGUCCUGCAAAUCUGAGGUGGAUUCUGCUUUAAGAUUUGUCGGCGAAAAUGUGACUUGGUACACCCCCAUAACUCUUGAACAGCUAACAAGGUUGAAAACAGUGUUUCCAGAUGCCCCAGUUGUUUCUGGUAACACUGAAGUGGGGAUUGAAACUGGGGUAAAAGGUCUCCACUACCCUGUUAUUGUAACAUCAACUGUGGUUUUGGAAAUGGCAAAAAUAGAAGUGAAUGACACAGGUGUGAACAUAGGAGCUUCCUGCACUCUAACAGAUAUUAAAUCAAAGUUCCUUGACUUGGUUAAUGGCUCCACAUUACAAAAACAUCAAAUGCAACCACUGCAUGCAAUGUUGGAAAUGAUUCACUGGUUUGCUGGGGACCAGAUACGUAAUGUUGCAGUUAUUGGUGGAAACAUAAUGACAGCUAGUCCAAUAUCUGAUAUCAAUCCAAUCCUAAUGGCUUGUGGUGCAACAGCUACAUUAUCCAUGCAUGAGAGGGAAGAUAGAAAACUCAUAAUGGACCAAAACUUCUUUCCAAGCUACAGGAAAACAGCAGCUCUGAAAACUGAAGUUCUGUCUUCAAUUUUUCUACCAUUUACCAGAGAGAAUGAAUAUAUGAAGGCCUACACUCAAUCAAAACGCAGGGAAGAUGACAUAGCAAUUGUUAACUGUGCCAUGAGAGUCCAGUUCUAUCCUGACAGCCAUAAAGUAAAAGAGUUUUCCGCUGCUUUUGGUGGAAUGGCGGCCACUACUGUAUUAGCAACAAGUGUCAUGAACAAAAUAGUAGACAGAAAAUGGGAAGAUGAUCUUAUUGAAGAUGUUGCUCUUUGGUUGCGGGAGGACUUCCCUUUAAAGCUGGAUACUCCUGGAGGAAUGGUGGAGUACAGGGAAGCUCUUGCUUUGAGUUUCUUCUUCAAGUUCUACAUCUUCGUCAAAGAUGAUCUUUCUAAGAAAGGAGUUCAUGUGGGUAAGAUUACUGAGAAUGAGGAGACCACUCAAGUUCCACUUGGUGGGAAUGAUCAUGGAACACUUGGUACACAAACGUGGCAAGAGGUCUCACCUGAUCAAAACAUAGAAGAUAUGGUUGGACGACCGAUACAACACGAGUCCUCACAAGAACACGCAACUGGUGAAGCUAAAUAUGUGGAUGAUAUACCGACGUUUAAAGACGAGUUAUACAUGUGCCUUGUAACAAGUGAAAGGGCACACGCCAAGAUUCUUGAAGUUGACAUAAGCAGUGCGGCAACUUCCCCUGGUUUUGUGAAUUAUAUCGAUCAUCAUGAUGUGCCUGGUGUAAACGAAUUCGGUUGUAUCGCAAAGGAUGAUAUUGUGUUUGCUGUCGAUAAGGUGACAUGCGUUGGUCAAGUAAUAGGAGCCGUGGUAGCAGACACAGAAGCACAUGCACGUUUGGCUGUUCAGAAGAUAAAAGUCAAAUAUGAAGACAUCUUACCAAAAAUACUCACAAUCAAGGAUGCAAUGAAACAUGGCUCAUAUUUUAAACCAAUCACACACCUGAAGGUAAAUGAUGCUGAAACAGCCAUGAAAACAUGUGAUGAUGUUGUAGAAGGAGAAAUACGUGUUGCCGGCCAGGAGCAUUUCUACAUGGAACCACAGGGUUGUUUGGUUGUUCCUAAAGGUGAGAAAGGGGAAAUGGAGAUUUUUGCGGCAACACAAAGUCCAACAGAACUGCAAGAUUGGGCUGCCGAAGUGUUGGGUGUUGAUUAUAACAAAAUUGUAGUUCGUAUGAAGCGAAUGGGAGGUGGGUUUGGUGGAAAAGAAACUCGCUUUCAUGUUUUCUCUAACCCUGCUGUUGUUGCUGCUAAUAAAUGCGGUAAACCAAUUCGUUGUGUCCUGACAAGACAAGAAGAUAUGCAAAUGACCGGACAAAGACACCCAUUCUAUGGGAAAUAUAAGGUUGGUUUCACAAAAGAAGGCAAGUUUGUUUCCCUUAUCUUGGAUAUUUAUAACAACGGUGGUAACAGCACAGAUCUGUCUGGACCUGUCCUGGAAAAAGCUAUUCUGCAUGCUGAUCAUUGUUACAGCAUUCCAAACAUUAGCAUCACCGGUUAUGUUUGCAAAACUAACAUUUCCUCGAACACGGCAUUCCGUGGGUUUGGUGCACCACAAGGAAUGAUAAUAGCAGAAGACUGGGUUUGGAAGGUGGCAACCAAACUUAAUGUUCCCCAUGAGAAAAUUCGUGAAAUGAACAUGUACAAGGAAGGUGACUUUACCCACUUCGGACAACAGUUAGAAGAUUUCUAUUUGAAACGCUGUUGGGAAGAAUGUUUGAAAAGGUCAAAGUUCACGGAGCGAAAAUCAGAAGUUGAGGAAUAUAAUUCGAAAAAUCGUUGGCGAAAACGUGGAAUCUCGUGCAUUCCAACUAAGUUUGGAAUAUCUUUUGCUGACGGAGGUGGUCUACAUCUUAACCAGGCGGGGGCGCUAGUACACGUUUAUAAAGAUGGCUCGGUUUUGGUAACACACGGUGGGACCGAGAUGGGACAAGGACUUCACACAAAGAUGAUACAGGUAGCAAGCAAAUGCUUGGGAAUUUCUGUAAAUCAUGUUUAUAUAUCGGAGAGUGGAACCAACACCGUUCCCAAUACUUCUGCAACUGCUGCAAGCACUGGAGCUGAUCUAAAUGGAAUGGCAGUCAAGGUAAUGUUGAGUAUUAUUUUCGUGUUGAAACCACUGCAAGAAAGGAAUCCUGGCCUUGGUUGGGAAGAUGUUGUUAUGAAAGCUUAUCUAUCUCGAAUUAGUCUUUCUGCUACUGGGUUUCAUGGGACACCAGAGAUAGGAUAUGAAUGGGACAAACAGUCGGGUUUAUGUGUUGGCCGCCCAUUCAAUUACUUUACUUAUGGUGUGGCUGUUUCUGAAGUAGAAGUGGACUGUCUAACUGGGGACCAUAUUGUCAGGCAAACUGAUAUUGUCAUGGACUGUGGGAAAAGUCUUAACCCUGCAAUUGAUAUUGGACAGAUUGAAGGUGCUUUCACCCAGGGGUAUGGUUUGUUUACAUUAGAAGAGCCAUUACUGUUGAACAAUGGCCACUUGCUAACUAAGGGUCCAGGGGCUUAUAAGAUCCCUGGAUUUGGAGAUUGCCCACAUCAGUUUAAUGUUCACCUUUUAAGAAACGCACCAAACAAAAGAGCGAUUUUUUCUUCAAAGGGUGUAGGAGAGCCUCCCUUAUUCCUUGCUGCCUCUGUGUUUUUUGCAAUCAAAAACGCCAUUGUUAGCGCUCGAAUAGAAUCCGGCUUGUCCCCAGAUUUUCGUUUGGACAGUCCAGCUACUGUGGAACGAAUCCGAAUGUCUUGUGGGGAUAAAUUCACUCUGCAGCACCAAAAGCAUAGUGGAGAGGAGACAUCUGGUACAACAUGGUGCUUUCCUGCUUAAAAGUUGAAUUAAUUACCUUAAUUUCCGGGCAGCAUUAUUUAUGUUUAGGUUUCUAAAUGUGUCUAAUUAGCUAUUUUUUAAAUUUGUUAUUCUGGAACAAGUUAAAAUGCUUAAUAAUCAAAAACUACGAUUUAAAUCCAAGCUGGAACUUUCACCAAUUACUAAAUUAAAUUUAUUUUAGAUAAAAAUUAGAUGUUUUACAAUCUAAAAUGCCCUGCUGGUUUACUUACUUUAUUUAUCAAGGAAAAUGGCGUUAAACCUGGAAUUCAGUCUCGUUAAAUUUUGCUUCAAUUUAAGUUCCAUUUUAAUAUUGUGAUAGUUUUGGCUUGCAUAGUAUUAUGGGUGUUUUUUAAUUUCCUAGGAGCUACCUUUUUUGUGAAAAGUAUUUGUAGUUUAAUGAUUAUACAACUUUUAAUUAAAUAAGAGAAUCUUUUAUGUUAUAAUUUGUUGUCCAAACGCACUAAUAGAAUAUUUCACUCCGGUUUUAAAAGUUCACCAGGCUGUAGUACAGGGGUUGAACUCUUAUAUAAUCAUUGUCGGGGUUGAACUCUUAUAUAAUCAGAGGGUCAGAGGUGUAUAAAACACCUGUAUUCUAACAUUUUCUAGCCACGUGGGGGAUGCAGCAGAUUACACUCAAGUUUAUAGACCCCUCCUGAAAUAGAACUAUAUAUAGGUUCAAAACAGACUCACAAGUACAACAAUCUUAACUAACAUUCUGUUGCAUUACACUUCACACGAUUGCUAACACCGGCAAAUUUUCUUACGCCAAAACCAAUAUUGUACAUGCACGUACACAAA